CCUGUCACGUGACUCUCUAGACGCCAUCUUGGAUUUGGUCGAUGCCAUUGUACAGACAGGCGGAUAUGGCCGAUAUGACCCAACACACAAAAAUUUGGAAAUUUGCUCGGCUCUAACUGGCAAUAGCUGUAAGCAGCCCUCUGAUGACCACCGAUUGAUGCUUUGCAGACAAUGUCUGGUGAGGCCAGCACGAUGGAUAGAGUUACAGUAAAUGGGAACAUUGAGGAGGGACCAGACCAUGUCGGAGAUAAAGUGGAGGAUCCGAGUGAUGUGAUCACUACCAUAAAGAAGUUCAAAGAAUCUGUGUCACAGAAUGGCACUAGUGGUAACACUGCUGUGUCUGAUGCUAAGAGAACUGAUACCGUAAAUGAAUCGGACAGUGAAAACAUUGUCGAUUCAAAGGAAAAUGCUGUCCAACAUAAUGGUCUGGUAAAUGACAUGGCUUCCAUUGAUGGGAAUGAUGACAAGCACACAGAUAGUACUGAACAUGAAAAGACAGGUAAUUUUCCAGCAGAAGACCAUUGUGUCAAGGAGGAUGUAAUGGAGAUAGAUGAAAGCAAAAUCGAUAGUAACAUCAAGGAUGCUGAAUCUCCAAUGGAAACAGAUAGCACUGAUGAUAAAGUGGAGGAAUGCAAGCAAGCAGAUAGCACUAAUGGUCCAGAAACUACAAAAAAUAUACAAGAAAACGUUCAAAACAACAUAGAUGAAAGAAAAUCUGAACAAGAUGAGGAAAAACAGAAAAAUAAGGAAGAAAUGAAUAAUAGUGAUGAAGGGAUUGUUGAAAACAACUUGGCACAAGAAACAUCCAAUGGAAAUGAAGAAUCUGUUACAGAACAAAAAAUUGAUGCAAGUGAUGAGGUAAAAAUCCAAAAUCCAAAAUCAACAAACAAGGAUUUGACAAACAAUGAUACUGAAUCUUGUGAUAGUGACAAAUCUGAAAAGAAUAAACUUGAAAUUAAUAAGGAAGAUUGCAAUUCGGAAAUAAUUAAUGAUUCAGAGAAGAAAGAUGUUGAACAGACUGAUAGUUCUAAAGAGUCAAAAGAGAAUGAUACUUCUAAAGGGGAGGAAACCAAAAAGACGGAUAGUUCUAAAGAGGACGGACAAGCAACCACGAAUGAUGCCAAGUCGGUCGAUACCCUGACUGAUGAAGAUGGUUCUGAAUUUAUCAUAACUAUAAAUGAGGAUGACAGUAGUAGUGAGAAAGAGGAAGAGACAGUUACAGAAAAAGGGAAAGAGCAGCCAGUAGUACAACCAUCAAGACCACCAAACAAAACACAAAAUACACAACAGAAAACUGACACUAAAAUCAGUUCAUCUUUACUCAAUAGUAAAGUCUCCAAACCUAUCCAGCAGCAAUAUAAACCACCGCCAAAUGUAUCAGCAAGUCAAUUGAUCCGUCAGGCUAACCCUAAGUCAGCUAAGGGUGGACCAAUGCAGUACUACCCCAUACACCACCUUCAAACCUCAUCAGGAACCUCUCAGUACAUGCAGUCUGUAAUGGUUGGAGGAAAGUCCGUCCUUGUUCCAGUUUCAUCCUCUGCCAUUGCUGGAAAUAAAACACAGUAUUUGAUUGACCCAAAGAAUUCCCUCAUGUCUAAAAAGCAAUCACCAGUAGCCACUGCUCUGAACUCGAAAGCUAACACAUUUACCUCUCCUUUACCUGUUGCUCCUGCAAAACAAGGAUCUGGUCAAAAGCAAGAGACAUAUAGUGUUCAAAAGGGCAUUGAAACAAUAGAAAGAGAUGCAGAUCUGCCAUUGUCGAGCUGGGAAAUGAUCGAUCUGGUAAAAUGGGAAAUUGCAAGUCACAAACCUGACAACACCUUCUGGAUGGGAUUGUGUAAUGUCAACAAGAAGGCAGAGUUAAGCGCUCCUUCAAAAUUUCUGUUUGAUCUGGGAAGUGACAUAGUAAAGGAAUCAGCUUACAAGCAAAUUACUCAGGUACAAACAAAGAAAAAAGAAGCAGGGAAGUUAAAUGAUGUAGAAAAAGAAAAUCUGGAGAAAAUGAAAAAAGUUGUAAAAGAGUUGGAAGAUAAACUUUCUCACAUGGCAAUGAAACAACAAAAAUGUAGCUGUGGUUUUCAAACAGAAUCGGAAAAUGUAAUGAUGUUUCACAAGGAACAUCCUCACAUGCAGCCCCCCUUGAGCCCCCAUGGUUUGAUGACUUGUGCUCAUUGUAACUUUGAAACAAAUGAUGGGACAAAGUAUUCAUUUCACAUGGAGUCUGAACACAACAUGGUUGGUCGUGUGUACAGUAAACCAGCAUUUUGGCAGUGUGGCUUGUGCUACUAUGAACAUAAUAGUAAAAACAAGUUGACGAAUCAUAAAUGGAAAUGCAUGAAACAUUUUAAAGCCAACCAAAAUCAGGCUCCACAUCAUACAGACAUUAACUACUGUUUGAAGAACAUCUAUUAUAAGUACCAAAUUAAAAAGCCUCCACCACCAAAACCUGCUCCUAAAUCUGUUCAACAGCAUAAUCAUAACACACGGAAUAUCAAGUCGCCUUCAAUCAUACAACCUCGCCAGGCACAAGGACCUCUACUUGCUAAUCAGUUGCAGCAGAAGAGCUUCCCUCGACCUGCAAUACGUGCUGCAACACAAAUUCCAGGAGUGGUUUACAGCAACCAGGCAACAGCACUAUCCAUUCGACAGAACAAAAAUCCUCCUCGACUUCCCCUCAACAACCAAAAUGUGAGGAAUCCUAUGCAAGUAGUGGUACGGCCACCUGUCGCCUACAAAGGAAAUACUACAGUUAAUCAACUGCUCAUGCAGGCCAAAGGUACUAUUCAAGCGCAAAAGUCUCCGCAACCUGUAGUUAAUAAAGCUCAACCCAAACCGGCCAAACAAGCUGGAGGGCCAACAUUUGAAGUGUGUGAAAUAUGUGGGGGUUACGUAAAGGACAGAAUGUCCUUGAGAAUUCAUUUUUUCUACGCACACAAAAUUGAUAUACCACAACAUGUUUUCAAUCGAGAUUUGGCUCCCCUGCUAUGUGAAGUGUGCAAAGCUAGGUUUUGGACAACCCAGGGAUUGUCCAAACACAGACUAGCUACUCAACAUUCUGCUGUGGCACCACCUAAACAGUCAUCAGUGACCGUCACGGGAGACAAUACCUGCUGGAUCUGCCAUCAACGCCAGGCAAAUCUGUACACCCAUCUCCUCCAAUUUCAUCGACUUAGCACUGGAGAAUGUAUGUUACUGAAACGCUGCAUGUUUUGUGGGAGUCUGUCAAAUAACAGGAAGGACCUUGAAAUUCACAUGGCUGCUGCCCACGGAGUACUGAUCAAGGGAGCAAGCAAUCCACCAAGCACUGCUGCCAGACCCCCACCUGCUAAACAGCCUGCUCCCAAGACAGUUGUUGUUGGACCUAAAACCAGUGUCACUACUACAAGUGGUAAAGGCUCCGGACUUGUGAGGAACAAUUUCUGUGUUUUCUGCUGUAAACAGUUUCAAGACAAUACACAACUUACCCUGCACUGUCUGGGCACACAUGCUACCUGCAGCAGUUGUGGCAUGGUUGUAGCCAAGAACAGUGACCUAAAGACCCAUGUCUGUCGUUCUGGUUCAGUCAGAAACUGUCCAUUGUGUGGUGUCAAAAAUCUUAAACCCAAUGCAUACACCAGACACAUUUCAACAUUUCACUUGAAAAAAUGUUUUGUUCAUCUGAAACGAAUUUCACAGAGACAAAUAAAGGAGGCCACCAGGAGGAAGGAGCCAAUUUUACCUGUGGCUGGUACUGUGGUUAUAGAUCUGCGUCCUCCUGAAGACAGAAAGCGGUCAGCAGUUGAAGAGGAGGAUAAUAUCUAUGUGCCCGAUAUAAAACGAAUGAAGCAAAAUGAGAAUACUGUGGGCAUUGUUAACAUGGAAGGUAAGAAGCAACAUCAUCAGGAAAUCAUGGAAUCUGAUGAACAAGCUCAUAAGGAAAACAAGGAGGAACCUAUGGAUGGAAAUAAUGAACAACCAAAGGUGGGAAAUGCUACUGAGGAACCUAAGGAGAGAAACGCUACUGAGGAACCUAAGGAGGGAAAUGCUUCUGAGGACCCUAAGGAGGGAAAUGCUUCUGAGGACCCUAAGGAGGGAAAUGCUUCUGAGGACCCUAAGGAGGGAAAUCCUUCUGAGGACCCUAAGGAGGGAAAUCCUUCUGAGGACCCUAAGGAGGGAAAUCCUUCUGAGGACCCUAAGGAGGGAAAUCUUUCUGAGGACCUUAAGGAGGGCAACGUUGGAGAGGAACCUAAGGAGGGCAAUGUUGGAAAGGAACCUCAGGAGGGAAGUAAUGAACAGCCUAACGAGGGAAACCCUAGUGAGGAACUUCAGGAAGGAAGUCAUGAGGAACCAAUGGAUGAAACUACUGAGGAUCCAAAGGAGAGUGAGCAAAUCAGUGAACAAUGUAAAGAGGAAGAUAGUGAUGCAGAUAAAGAAACAAAUGACAAAUCCGAGGACAUUAGUCAGACCAAAGAUGAUGGAAAUGAUGACAAAGUAGUUACUCAAUAACCUUAUGUGGCAUUAAUAGCAAUCCAAUACUAGACCAUUUAUUUAUUGGCGAAAUACAUGUACAUUUUUAUAACCUUGUUAUCAGUUAACUUUGUAGAUUUAAACCUAUUCAAUUCAAAACAUGCAUAUUUCCUAGUUUAAUGCCUUUUAAUGAUUCCAUUUUUUGGCAAAACAUGUUUUUGCAUAGUUAGAUAUACAGUAUACAUGUUAAAUAGUGAUUAAGAGCAUUCUGUGCUGAAAUAGGAUCUAUCUGGCAUGUCAUUGGUAAAAUUUCCAUCUAUAAAUCUUGCUGAGAAAAAGAAAGAGACUAAAGAGCAUGUAUUUGAAUUGAAUUUUCAUUUCAACUUUUUCAUAAAAAUGUUGCAGCAUCUGCAGUUUUUUAAGUUAAUGAUAAUUGAUUUCUGUUGAUAACCUUACUUUCAAAAAAAAUGAUUAAAAUCUAUAUUUAGAAAAGCAGGUAAUGCAUGCAUGAUGUGGAAGCUUGUUGAUUUGGAGUUGUGUCAGACUUAAAUUAUGGUAGCCUAGCUACUUUAGUAAUACUUUCUGUGGAUAGUUACUGGAUACUUUUAUAUUAUGUGCCAUGCUCUUCUCUUGUCAAGACGUUUUUUAUUCACCAUCUUGUUGGUGAUUGGGGCUCCACUGCAAAUGUCUGUGUCAUGUGUGCAAUUGAAUUACUUGUUAUCUCCUACCCUUGAACUUAAGGUAUAAUUUAAUAAGAUGAUUUUAGCUUGUUUCACUUAUUAAGAAAAAGUAAUAAAAAAAAUGUACAGUCAAGUGUUUUAAGGAGAGGGGAUAAUGCUUCCUUUAGCGGGUUAAGUAAAACAUGUCCUUACCUAGUGUUAAUUUAACCAUUGAACUGUCUUGAUGUGGAUAGUGCUAUGAUCUUUGUAAAGCAGUGUCAUUUAUUCAACUUAAAAUGCCAUAGAAGACAGUUCAAUGUUUUAUUCACAUUUCCUACACUUUCUGCUGUUUUAAUGUGUAUUCUAUUAGAUUUAUUCUAAAAGUGAAAUUCAUAACUUUCCAUGUAAGGCAGUCCACAAUCUGACAGAUUUGAGCAAUUUACCUUAAAACUCUAUUGUUUAACAAAUUAUUUUCAAGUCAUAAUGGUCAUGCUGCACAAGUGAUGGUGUCUACUUUCUGAAAAUUGCACUUUGGUGGGUAUAAAAAGGUCCAUAGAGAAAUUCUAUACACAUUUUUGUCUUAAGUGAACAAAUGAUAGGUUCCAGGCAUCAUCCAGUUGACCCUUGAUUUUUAGCAAUUUCAGAAGUCAAAUAACUAUUUAUCAGAAAUCUAAAAGGCCAAAUCUGUCGGGUAGACCAGCCCCUUCAAACAUCAGAGACAGAUCUCAUUUUUGGAAAUCAAAACGGAACAUAGACUCGAAGGUCAAUUGGAUUCCCUGGGUUCAUAAGUAGGAGGGUCACAAUGAAAUGAAAGGAUUUUAUUUUACCUGUUUUAAAAUUGUAGAGAUUGCUUACUGGAAGAUAAGUCUUACUACAUGUAUCUCUUAGUUUACAAAUACUAUAAGUUUACAGUUUAUUGAUACAAAUAUAUCACUUAACUCGGUCUUCACAAUUUAAGCAUUGAUGUCAAUUUUUUUUAGUUUUAUCGGGAUAUGUUUGCAAACUGUAUGAAUCCGCGUAGCAGAUUCUUACAGAAGUUUGCAAACAAACAAUUUUUCAUAUCCCUAUGAAACUAAAAAAAUAAUUGACAUCAACGCUUAUAAUUAAUUUUUGAAAAUAAUUUUCUAAUUUAAAACAUGUUUUACGUACAACUUUACUGGUUUUAUAUGGGAUUCUUUUUCUCAAAUCAAUACGCAAAGUCAAUUGUCUUAUUGUGACGUCACAUUUUUCAUGCCAUUCUCGGGAUUUUUUUUCAUAGUGGUAUGGGGAAAAAAACUCAAUCAGAAAGCCGCAUUCUGCGUAAAAAGAAUGGAAAAUUAAUUAUAAUGAAAUAAAGAGAUUCUGGUAAAGGAAAGUUAAGUUCAUCUUUAACGACUUCCUAGUUAAAUGAGUACUGAUCAUGAUUAUGGAGUGUUUGCUGUACCUUUGAUGUGUUUGUGCUGGGACUCUUUCUAGGAAUUCAAACUGUAUAUCAUGUCUAGACCAUUGACUAUUUAGUUUACCAUGACAAGUAGAACCUUGUCGUUCCAGAGAGUCUAAAUUGUGUAAUUAAGACAUUGCAGUGGACUUUAUAUCUUAUAUGGGGAAAAUAAUAAUAUUCUUUUAGCUUAUUUUGAUCCAGAAAAAUGGAGAUUAGGUAUAGAUACACAACAUGUACCUUGAAAUACUAGUACUGACCUGUAGUACACAGGUAAAUAUAAAUAUACGUUUACACUCUCGUGUACAUAUAAUUCUAUAAAUUAAUUUUGAAGUCAAGUUAGGAACGAGGAAAUAUGAUAAAUUCCUCAAUUCGUAGGAUUUAACUUUACUUAGUUAAUGAAAAAUGUUUGAUCCGGAUAUAAUUCUAUAUUAAUAGGUAUAGCUAACAAAUUAGAAAUGGUACUAUAAUUAUAGUGUCAAUAUAUUGUCACAAUGCUACAUACAUAGGAUGUAGAUUUGUACAAUGAUAGAGUAUCACUCGUGUUUUCUUUGAAAAGUUGAACAUUGUUAUUUUGAAUUUUAAAAGAGCUUUAUAAUGUCCACUAUUGUAGUCGAAAGUUUUCAUGGGAUAUUUUAAAUACCCAGUUUACAUUUUGUAUGUCCCCAGUAAAUUUGAAAUAGCAAGAUCAACUGGAAAUGUGCAUGCUCAUUACCUUAGUGUGUACAUAUUUAAGUUGUAGUAAUUUUUCAAUUUUCAACUUUUUUUCUUAUAACGUGUGUUUGUGUGUGGGUGCCUAUUAUAUUGCUAUAAGGUGUCAUAUAUGUAAUAUAUAUAUACCAGGUAUGUAUGAAUAGAGAAUCAUAUGGUAUAAAGUUUUUUACUUCAUAUAAUUGUUUAAAAAGCAAAAUCUAUAAAGAGAUAUAUCUUCAUUGCCUUAUUCUUGUCUCUACUGGGACAAAUAAUUAUUUAUAAUUAUGUGUUGUUUCUGAUAAAAACAUAUUGUCAUUUUUGUAUACAGUUGAUUUUUUUAGCGAGUUGCAACCCUAUCUUGUAUCUAGAUAUUAUCAGCUUUGUGUAGUUUUAAGUUGGUAUUCCACUGUAGUCAUUGCAAUUUUGUUGCAGUAUAAUAUUGCAGCUAUAUCGAAUAUCAAACAAAAGUAGCAGGCAAAUCAUAAACACAAUUAAUAUUCUACAUUGUUAAAUUGCAUGAGUCGUGGAUGAAUCAACAUUACACAUAUUUCAUUAUAUUGGCUGUGUUUACAUCAGUCUAUUAAUCUAUGGCUCUAGCAGCAUUCCGUAUUUUGAAAGUUGAUGUUUGUUUCCUUUUAAUUCCAAAGAAUGAAACACUUCUUGAAAUAUUUUAGACACAAGGUUAUCUCCCUUCAUCAAGUGAUUUGAUUUAUUUCGGGGGGGGGGGGGGGGUUAAGCCUCUUUAAAUCCUGAAUGUUGAAGACUUGGUAUGAAACAGUUUUUGUCGUUAUAAUUAAUGAAACAUUCUUGAGUAGAUGUCGCUACUUGAGGAGUGAAUCUGUGUCUAGUACUGUACUACACAAUCUGCCAGCAGACCAAAGUAUUUGUUCACUCCUGAACGAGACCAAUCUUGAGGUUGCAAUAGAAUAGUUAACUAAUCAUUCUCUUUAGGCUUGAUAGAAAAACUUUGAUCUUAAGUAAUAAAUAAUUACACAAACAUAAUCGAUGCACAUGGUAAAAUAUGUUGUCCAUUUAUGUAAUCAACUCAAUUUCCAAUUCAGUCCUCCUUGUGGUAAAGAAAACAUGUACAGAUAGUUAAGCCAAGCUCUUUGAAAAAUAAUGACAAGAAAGCUAUUGACAUGCUGAUCUGGUGUUCUGUGUUGGCAUCACGUAUUUCUUGAAACAAAAAAUUUGAUUUUUAUUCGAUAAAAUGUAUCUCAAUACCUGUUCAGGUUAAUGCCUAUCAAAAAGAUUAAAGACAUCAUUUGGGGAGUAAGGUUAGACCCAGCUUAAAAUCUCUUGUCUAAAAAGUGAUAUCUAUGUAAUUGUAGCUUUUUGUUUGUAUCCUUGUAUGGUGUAUGUUGUAUGUUUCUACCUUGUACGUAUGAAUACGUAUAUGACCGUGGACCGGUUACCUAUAGUGUACGAUUGGUAGAACUGGUUAACAAUCUGUAGUGCUCACUUAAGUGAAAUCAGUGUUAAAUAUUGUUUCAGUUCCAAGAGGAAUUCAUCUGGUAAAUGUAGAAAUUAAUGUUGAAAGUGUUUCCAGAGAAUAUUGUUCUGGUCAUUGUGAAAAUCAAUAUUGAAUAUUGUUUAGUUCCCAGAAGAAUUCCUCGGGUAAUUGUACAAAUCUAUGUUGAAUAUUGUUUGAAAUUCCCAGAGAAAUUUCUUUGGUAAUUAUAGAACAUGUCUACUGUUUAUUUGAUGGUAAUAAUAAAAAGCAGAUACGUAAAUAUUUGUCAAAUCAC